UCUCUCUCUCUCUCAUCAUGGACGUUUUGGCGAAUUACAGUAUAUUUCAGGAGCUGCAGCUCGUGCACGACACCGGCUAUUUCUCGGCCAUGCCGUCUCUGGAGGAGAACUGGCAGCAGACGUGUCUGGAGCUCGAGCGCUACCUGCAGACGGAGCCUAAGCGACUGUCGGACCUUCUCGAAGACGAGCUGGACUGUCUGCUCUCACCGGGCUUUACAAAAACAGACGAGGAGGACAUGUUGGACCCUCUGCUGUCUAACUUUAGUGACCCCCCGAGUCCCCCGCCGCCUCUCCUCAGCCCCCCUCGAGAGCCUCUGACCUCAUCGUCCGCCGUACUGCCUAGCCCAGACCUCAGCCCCGGCGUCGUCAACGCCGCCCAGCUGAACGCCGUCACCUCCCUGACCCCGCCCUCCUCGCCAGAACUGGGACGCCACUUGGUCAAAACUGCUCACACACUCUGCACCUCGCCCGACGGCACGUUAAUGAUCAAGCUGGUGGCCAGGAAGAUGGCAGCCGCCAGGCCUGCCUCGCCCGAGCACAGUGGCAGCCACAGCGACAGCGAUCAGGGGUGCGCGGCAGGAGGCGGAGACUCGGCCGAGAACAAGAAAAGAGUCCAUCGCUGCCAGUUUAACGGCUGCCGGAAAGUUUACACCAAGAGCUCACACCUGAAGGCACAUCAAAGAACACACACAGGUGAGAAGCCCUACAAGUGCUCGUGGGAAGGCUGCGAGUGGCGGUUCGCCCGGAGCGACGAGUUGACGAGACACUACCGCAAACACACCGGCGCCAAGCCCUUCAAGUGCGCCCACUGCGACAGGUGCUUCUCGCGGUCGGACCACUUGGCACUGCACAUGAAGAGGCAUAUUUAAAGAGGAGGAGCUGGCACGAAAGCAAGGGAGAGGAAGAGAAAGUGGGGAACUGAAGGAGAGAAGAAGAGAAGGAGAGAGAACGAGGGAUGGCACAGGGGAAGAGGCAGGCGGCAUGCAGGUCUGUCUGCCUGUCACUCCAGCAGGAUGCCCUGAAGGAUGCCUACGGAGGGCAUGGUUGAAUAUGGUGGAUGUGCUGGAUAUUCAGAAUACUGUGAGCAGGAGUUCAGAUCUGGAAUGGGCCGGCCCGGUUUGGUCAAUUUCAUUGCUAAUUUACCUGGUUCAUGUUUGGAGAACUUGUGCAACCUUGACCAGCUCAUGAACCAGUUAUAGAGUGGUACCAGGACUUGUACCAUGUCAGGACCUGCCGACGGAGCUUACCUGACUGGCUACCUUCAGUUAAGACAAUGCUAAAUGACUCUUUACACAACAAAGACACACAUAGUAUGUACUAAUUAACAUUAUUAUUAUUAUUGAAUAAUGAAUGGAUGCGUCGUUCCAAAGGAUCCUUCACAUUGACUACUACUGCAGAUACCAACCGUAUCUCUACUUUACAUACUGGUUCCUUCAGCCAGUACUGGAAUCUACUGUACCAUGUUACCAUGACUUUCAGAUCUUUCCCAAUGAAGAAUCUGAUUUGAGGCACUGGAACAAAAGACACCUCUUCCUCAAAAGAAACCCCGCCCCCAUGCCAAUCAACAAUUGGAUGUUUUGUGUCACUGCACCAAGUUUUAGGCUAACCUUUAUGUUUACCUUUCUUGGGUUCUUCAGCAAGUAAUGGGAUCUACAGUACUAUGAACCAAAUCUUUCAGAUAUUUCUCAAUGAAGAAUCUGAUUUAAGGCAUUGAAGCAAAAGACACCUCUUCCUCGAAAGAAACCCUGCCCCCCUGCCAAUCAACAGUUACAUUGUUCCAAAGGAUCUUACACAUUGACAAUGCUACCGAUUUGCCUCUCUUCUGGUUCCUUCAGCCAGUGUUGGGAUCUAUUAUACCAUGAACCAUAUCUUUCAGAUCUUUCCCAAUAAAGAAUCUGAUUGGAGGAAGGGGACCAAAAGACACCUCUUCCUCUACAGGAACUCCGCCCUCUGCCAAUCAACAGCUGGAUGUUUUGGGCCACCACACCACUUUUUGGGCCAACCGAAUCUUAUCUGCUUUGUUUAGCCCUUGCUCGGAUCUACUGUACCAUGUUACCAUAUCUUUAUGACAUAUCUUUUACAAUUGAGAAGCCAAAUGGAGGUAAUAAAACAAAAGACAACUCUUCCACAACAAAAACCUGCCCUCCUUGCCAAUCAACAGCUUUAUUGUUCCAAAGGAUCCUUCAAGUUGACUGCACUACCGUUUUGUCUCUCUUCUGGUUCCUUUUCUGGUUAGUUUAGCCCUUGCUGAGAACUACUGUACCAUUUACCAUAUCUUUUACUUCUUUCUCAAUUAAGAAGCCAAUUGGAAGCAGUGCAACAAAAGACACUUGUUCCUCAAACAAAACCCCUCCCCCCCUUGCCAAUCAACAGCAAUCAACAGAUCCUUCAUGUUGACUGGGAUACCAUUCCCUCUGACUUCUGGUCCCUCUAGCCAGUGUUGGGACCUGCUGUACCAUAAACCAUAACCUUUCAGAUCUUUUCCAAUGAAGCUGAUUGGAGGCACUGGAACAAAAGACACAUCUUUCUAAAAAGAAACCCACCCCCCUUGCCAAUCAACAGCUUCACGCAUCCAAAGGAUCCUUCAAGUUGACUGCACUACCGAUUUGCCUCACUUCUGGUUCCUUCAGCCAGUGUUGGGAUCUACUGUACCAUGAACCUUAUCUUUCAGAUGUUUCCCAGUAAAAAAAUUGAUAGGAGGUAGUGGACCAAAGGACACCUCUUCCUCUACAGGAACUUUGCCCACCUGAUCAACAGCUGGAUGUUUUGGGCCACUUCACCACUUUUUGGGCCAACCAUAUCUUUUCUGUUUUGUUUAGCCCUUGCUGGGAUCUACUGUACCAUUUACCAUAUCUUUGGCAAAGACAUAUUUUUUACAAUGAAGAAGCCAAAUGGAGGUAAUAAAACGAAAGAUAACUCUUCCACUAGAGAAACCCGUCCCCCUGCCAAUCAACAGUGGAAUUUGUCGUUCCGAAGGAUCCUUCACAUUGGCUACUACUGGAAUACCGUUUUGCCUCCCUUCUGAUUUGUUCAGCCAGUGCUGGGAUCUACUGUACCAUGAACUUUAAGAUCUUUCACAAUGAUGAAGCUGAAUGAAGGCAGUGGAACCAUUAGGACACAAAAAGCUCUCCCUCACUACACUUUUCUUGAACUGUUGCAAUUUGCACAAGUAUAACGAACAAGCUACCAACUACGAGCAUCGAGUUACGGAUUCUACACUAGCACAGAUAGCGGCUGAACAGGUCUGAGUUUCUGGAAUGAAGCCUGCUUUAAUACUUGUUGAGGACGACAUGAAAGCAGAUUUGUUCUUGCACACGUCUUGAGCGUCCCGCCAGCUUUGAAUUUUUCCUUUCUGAACAGCUUGAGACGCUUCUCCAGGCUGUCCAGGACUCGCAUGCAGUGAUAAAGAAAGAAAAGCAUUGUCUGUCAGUAAGCUUCGAGACGUAUUUUCAGUUGCGCAUAACAUCCAUUAGAAAAGGCACAGCUGGGAAAAGUCAAAACGGUUGCUUUUUGUAAAUAUGGUGAGAUCAUUAUCUGAAAUUCUCAUGAAUUCAGUUUGGGGUUUCUUGUGGAUUUGAGAGCUUUGUGUGACAUUUACCAUGAAUGUACGACAGAUAUUUUCAAUACUUCAUAAUGAACCAGUUUACCAAACUCCCUAAGACCUGUGGGUGGGGAAAUAUGAGGAAAUGCUGAGGAGUUUUAGGUACUUAGGUACUGUAGAUUUGAGGUACUGUAUGUACAAUCAAAAGGCCUCAUCUAGAAAACACUUCAGGACCUUUGCCACCAUCAUAAAGCUCAACACAGGCUCAACAUGCAGCAGUGCAAUCUGUAGCCUACAGACUAGACCAGGGGUGUUCAAACUUUUUUUGUUGGUGGCCAGAAGGAGAAAUAUAUUUGAAGUCAUGGGCCACAGACUCUGUAAUAAAACAAAUAAUGAAAUAUACCACUUUAAAUAAUUUUAAUAAUAAUUUUUCCUGAUUAUUUCAUUUUCACACCAUUUUACUUGACUUACUAACUUUAUAUUUGACAGUGUUGUGUAAACUAUUAUUUUUCAAAUUGAUGUUUAAUUUUAUGAUGUCUCUUAAUAUAAAACUCCUUAAUUACGGCAACUUUUAGACUCUUUGGCCCGUUUUUCUGCACAAAAAAAGCGCACCCUCUCCGCUUUUAGACUCUUUUGCCCCGUUUUUCUGCGCUAGAAAUGCGCACUCUCUCCGCUUUUAGUCUCUUUGGCCCGUUUUUCUGCUCUAGAAAUGCGCACUCUCUCUGCUUUUAGACUCUUUGGCCCGUUUUUCUGCUCUAGAAAUGCGCACUCUCUCCACUGUUAGACUCUUCGGCCCGUUUUUCUGCGCUAGAAAUGCGCACUCUCUCCGCUUUUAGUCUCUUUGGCCCGUUUUUCUGCUCUAGAAAUGCGCACUCUCUCCACUGUUAGACUCUUUGGCCCGUUUUUUCUGCGCUAGAAAUGUGCACUCUCUCCGCUUUUAGACUCUUUGGCCCGUUUUUUCUGCGCUAGAAAUGCGCACUCUCUCCGCUUUUAGACUCUUUGGCACGUUUUUCUGCGCUAGAAAUGCGCACCCUCUCCGCUUUUAGACUCUUUGGCCCGUUUUUUCUGCGCUAUAAAUGCGCACUCUCUUCGCUUUUAGACGCUUUUGCCCCGUUUUUCUGCGCUUUUUAUGCGCACCCUCUCCGACGCUUUGGCCCGUUUCUGACACCUAGCGUUUAAACUUUGAAUCUCACAUUAUAAAAACCUGCUUAACAGCGGGCCAACUUUAAUUCUAUUUCUAAAAUACCUCGCGGGCCGCUCCAAAAAAGAAAACGGGCCGCAAAUGGCCCGCAGGCCGUAGUUUGGACACCCCUGGACUAGACCUUGCUAUGGAUCUGAAAACUGACAUAACUAGUAAAUCUGCAUUUUAAAUUUAUCUUAAUUAAAUGGGGCAAUUAAUAAAUUAGAAUUGUAAGAAUCCCUUUUUGUGUUUUGAACUUGAAGGUGGUGCAAAUUGUUGUUUUUCCUAAAAUGUUUAUCCAAAGAUUCAAAUGUUUGAUUUGAAUCAAUGUAUUUACAUUCAUGCAUUUAAUUUAAUUUACUUUAAAAGUUGAAAUAUUUGUUUAAAGUUAUUUAAAAUGUUUUGUAACAGCAGAUUUCCUAAACCUCACAAGUUCUGAACACAAAAAGACAUUAACAUUCAAAUGUAUGAAUUACACAACCAAAUAUUGCAGGUUUAUUGAAAGUCAUUUAAUUAAAAUAUACAUUUAAUUAAAAUACAUUUAUUUUAAAUAUACGAAAUGCAGAUUCAAAUACUUAUGCCAGCUUUUAAGCUCCAUAUCUGGCACAAAAAUGUGAUAUAUUAUGCCAGAAACAAUUGCAAUUGCACCCUUUUAAAGUAUUUAUUAAUUAAUAUGAUUUUGACAAUACAAAAUAAUUAACAAAAUAGCUCUUUUUAAAUGCAGUCUACUUACCAGCCCGUUCCCAUUAAUCAUAUCUCCUUACACCUAAGACCAUCUACAAUUAUUGAGUUAUUGUCCUUAUAUCGUAAGUUGAUAAUGGAAUUAAGAUAACAGGUCUAAGAAGAGCUGGUAACACUUUGCAAUAUGUGUACAUUAAUUAUCAGUACUUAGUUAGUGUCAGUUUGUGAUUAGUUGAGACAUUACUUAACCGCUUAACAAUGUUUAUUACUGUCGUAAGUAAUGUUAAAUAAUGUACCUCUUUUUGGGAUCUCAUCUAGGCGUAUUUCAAGGUUUUACUUAGGCCUGCUGGUUUUAACCCUCAGAAGUCCAUAUUUUAUAUAUGUAUAUUUAAUACAUUUCAGCCUUUAGAACAUCUUCAGUAGUACGACUAUUAUAUUAUAAUUUACACAAAAUAUAUAUCACACAGAAUCACAUGGUAUCUCACAAUAUAAUAUUAUUACAAUACCUAGCCCACAAUAAUGGUAAUAUCAUAAUUUUGAUUCUGCGAAACUCAAUAUAUUGCAAGGCAUUUCUUUAUGAUUCUUUGUGCUAUAUUUUUCCCACCUCUAAUAUAUAUUUUAAGCCCUUCCUGCCACUGUUACUCAAUGUCAAUGUUAACACAAGCAUAUAUUAUACGUUUAUAUAAGCAUAUUAAAUAAAUGAUAAAACAAUUUAUAUAUUUUAACCCAUACCAUAAUACAAAAUAAAAAUAAGGUGGACCACACUACAUAUUGCUAUUUAUUAUAUAUAUAUAUAUGACUUUAUGAACUGGAUAUGACUUCUGAGGGUUAAUAUUCAGUGAAACAGUGACAUUUAUUCCAUUACUAUUAUCAGACCAGUGGGAUUUAAAAGUUCAGCACUACGAAUUCCCAUUUCAGAAUAAACUGAUUAAAACCCUUAAAAUCAAACCUACUCCAGAAAAAGCUCAGACCCCCCAUCUCACCAGCUCCCAAAACAAAUGCAGCAGCACACCAGUGUGUGAUAUUUAGGCUAAGGCUCCUGCUGUCUGGUCAUCUGUCAGUAUCAUGUACCGCGCCCUUUCCUCCCGUCUGCCCGACCUCAGCUAAUACACGAGCCACCUGACCGCGGGACUGGAACUGGUAACGAGACGGGUUCCAGAAUCUGGACUCCAGGCUUCAGGCUCCGGGUUCCAGACUCUGGUCGUGGGCUCUCUGGGUGGGUGAGAUGCCCUGGUCAGGACUUCAGGGAGGUGGAACACUGUGGGGUCACUCCUGGGUGUUUCAGGAUGGGGUGGCACGCUGAGUUUAUGCUGAGUAAGGAGAUCCUAUCGGGACACAGUCCCUAUAACCUACCCCCCCCCCCCCCCCCCCCCCCUUCACAUUCACACACACAAACAAAAAUCUCUCUUGGCCACAUUAGCUUGGAGAAGAAUCACCCCAAUCCCAGCAACCCCUCCCAGACUCACUAACUUACAGUCUUACAUCUGAAGAUUUCAGGGAUUUCUAAAGCAGCUAUGAAUCUAUUAGAUCUUCAUUCAUCGCUGCAGUAAAUAUAAAUCAGUUCUCCUCAUGUUCUUCAGCAGUUCUGCAGAGCAACACUUUCACUUAAUGCCCCUUAGGGUCUUAGUACUGUAGUAAAACUGUGGCACAGACUUCAAAGUACUAGUAAUAAUUUUGGUAAAAUAUCAAGAUCUAAAAAUCUACAUUCUGAUAUCUUCAUUUAUGUGGGCGGAGUCUGCCUAUACUGAACAUUAAUUGGUUGGUUGAAGGCUGUAAGGUCAGCAAGUUGCCAUUUCUUCAAGUGUUGUGUACAUUAUAUAAAAUGUAAUGUAACACCCCAUGGAAAGAAGACUAGGAUUGGGUGACACGCCCAUUAGAGAGUUCAGUCAUGCUCCUCAACACCUUGGAACAAACUCUGAAAUAAACUCUACACCGCCAAAGAGUUCCCCUCAACUCAACUUGUGGUUUAAGUUGGAGAAUAAACUCACACAAUUUAACACUUUCACACAUUUUUGUUUAACUCCAGAUUUUAGAACUCCAGAAAUCUGCUGUGUGUAUUGGAACAUAUCUUAUAUUUUAUCAUAAUUACUCAGUACUUUGGAUCUUCUACCACACCUUUACUCUAUUAAUGCCUAGAACUUUCCAACUUUCCUCCAGUCCUGUAGAACCAACUUUAAAACAGCCGUGUCUUCAUUUUCACGAGUGUCUUGUGUUUAAUGUUUGUUACGUCAGUUUUGUAUUGUGUUACAUGUUACAUUCCCUCAUAAACUCCUCAAGAACAAAACUGGUCCAAACUUUGCUUUGGAUUUCCUGUGUACAGAUGAACCCACUCCACCAACAUCUUUUUUUCAGAACUCUGAAUGAACCUAAUUCACAACACUGAUUCAGAACUCCAGAGAAAACCCGAACUCAGGCUGAACCUCAACACAAACAGCUCGGGAAGUUUUUCAUCCAUCAGUCCGUCAAUGUUUGACACUGAAAGAGUGUCUCUGUGUCGAUUUUCCUAUUUACGGACUUCUCCCAAGUUUCCUCCUGUAAAUCCAUCACUCUCCUCCUGCUCUCUUUCCCAGUUAUUCCACUCCGAUCUCUCGCUCCAUUCCUUUAAGUUGUGUUUUCUUUGCUGUAAAAAGCAUUUCCAAAUAUGAUUUGUAUUAUAUGAUAUUAGUAUGACAAUGUUCUUUAUUAAGGAAAAAAGAAAUGAAGAGUUUAUUUUUGUUACUGGUUUGUUUCACAAUUCUUUUUUAAAUUGGUAUUGUAAUAUAUCUAUGCAAGAACUGUUGAGUGAAGCGAUUUUAUUUAAGAAUGUCAUCAUGUGUAAUAAAUGGUAGAAUCUUACAA